ACUCUCGGGUGCGCCGUCUGACCGCGCAGAAGGCUUCCAACCAUCGCCCGUCCAGCAUGACGAAGAACUUCGCAUCCUCUCGCGCAUCCAGAGUACAGGUAGUCUCUUGUCCAUGCCGCCUCGCGGAUCCAUGUCAGCCGAAGCUCAACGACCGAGAAUGUCGUUUGACGCGGCGGCCAUCGAGGCGGCCGACCUGCGCAGCAUGACCAGGUCAGACUCGGUCCACGCACAUGGCAAGCACGCACGCGCUGAUGAAUCCUCGAUAUCAAGGUCUCCGACUCUGCCUGAACGUGAAAGUGGUCUGCGUCGCAUCAGACAGUCCAACCACCGCCAGCCCACAUCGCCCCAGCUGCAGACCUCACGCUCUCCCUCGCUCAACCUAAGCAUACCGGCCCAACCGUUGGCCGCUUCCUUGCCCUCGGGCCCGUCGUCGCCUACCCUGCCCUUUGGCGAAGACCUCAGCCGCUUCCCUUCCGAGUCUCUGCAUUCCUUCUCCUUCGCACACCAGUCCGAGACGUCGCUGCACGACCGCCAGAUGAUACUCAAGAGAUCCGUGGACUUUAUGAAGGACAGACCGGGGUGGGGCUCUUCGAAUCCUGCAAUCCUGAAUGCUCAAGCAAAAAUUACUGGGGAUUCAGAAGCACAGAGCAUGAUCGAAUUGCUACAGCGCGCGAACCUGCUAGGACCCGACGGCACCUCAUUACAAGCUCCGGGACUAGGCAUAAUAGGAGCACCCCUCAGCGGGCCAGCCGACCCGUCGGCUGACAACAUCUUCGAGAAGAGCUUUGCCCCGCUGGUGCUGAGUGAGAGCCCGAAAGACUUUGACGACGACUUGGUCAUGUCUCCCACAUCUGCAAAGUCUGUCAAGUCAUCAGAAGAGAAGGACUCGCUACAGCCCGAGCCAAAGCGCAUCUCAUUGAAGCGCACAUAUACCGACACGAGCGGAUUGAGCUUACAACAUCGACUCGCAGAUGCUCUGGCCAAGCCCUACCACGCUGCCGAUGUGCCUCGCCGUGCUGAACCUCUCACUCCUAGCCAGGUCCCGUCAGGAUUGCACACUUCAAAGUCGACCACUUCGCUACCUGUGACUGGAUCUGCUUCUCAUGGCCACGGUCACGGUCAUGGGCGGCAAUCUGCUGCCGCCCAGGCCAUCUUCACCACCGAUGCGCGCGCUCCCUGGACAAUCACCGCUGCAAAUGACCUGGCAUGUUUGGUCUUUGGAGUCACUCGUGCAGAAGUGCGCAAGAUGGGCAUCAUGGAAGUCAUCCGUCCGGAGCGACGCAAGUGGCUCGAGAACAAACUGAGACACCCAGAGUCAGAUCUCUACAACCAAAACAAAUCUCCCAAUCACAGCUCGUCACCCUCUGCUUUGGCAAAAGGUAGCGGCGUAACAGCCAAGCUAUUAAGCAAGCCUCCUGCUCGUCAAACUUACCAAAGCAGACGUUCCAAGACAACCAACGGCAUUGACGCAGAUUCGACAACUCGCCGUGUAUCCAACCCUUCACAAAAGUCGCGCGGCGUGCUUCUAUGCGGAGAUGUCGUGCCCAUACAGAAACGCAAUGGUGACAUUGGCUCGGCCAGUCUAUGGGUCAAGGAGAAGCAGAGUGGCUUGAUUUGGGUCCUUGAGGAGAUCGCCGAAGACGUUGCCUACAUCACGGUCGACGAGAUUGGAUGUGUCGAGAAGGGCGUUGGUGCCCUUGAGUCAAUCUGGGGCAUCGAAAGAGUACGAAGGGGCACAGAUAUUAGGAAGCUGAUUCCCGAACUGCCAAAAUUGGCCGGCACAAAUACUGGCAUGCUGGAUUUCGAUCAGAUUGCCUCGCUCCGUCGUUACACUGCGCGCACCGCAAACAGUAUCAGUGUUCCUAUCACUGUCGAUCAGCUCUCCGGCCAGUCGACACUCCGCGUCUCCAGCUUCCCUCACAUUGCUGGUAUUCUCGUUCUGAAUCCGGACACACUCAAAGUGGCUAGCUCGAACAAUGUCUUUUCCGCUUCUCUCUUCGGCCAUGACGAUCCAGACGGCCUUCCCAUUACUGAGUUGAUCCCCUAUUUCGAUAGUAUACUCCACCUUUUGACCGACGAAGACAAAAUUCGCUUGGUAGACGGACUUGUCAUCCCGGAGCACAGUUUCAGAAAGGCUCGAGCUCUCCUUGCUCUACGUGAAGGACGCGCAGAUGCUGCAUCCAUAUUCUUGAAGCCUAGUGGCUUGCCCGCAAAGCACAGAGACGGCUCUGAUAUCAUGAUCGAUGUUCAGAUGCGCGUCGUCAAGAGCGACCGCCAUAGCUUUGACAGUAUUCCAGAGCACAAUCGCAUAGACGCUGACAAACUUCCCGCAUCCGAGGUUGUAUACGCUUUGUGGAUCACGUACUCAAGACAACUACAUGCGGUCAAUCAUGGUGUUGGUCCCGUUAUCCCUGUGGUGUCCAGACCAGUCACUCCUCCGCGACAACCGGUACCUAUACGCUCGGGCUCGAGCGUAGACCAGGAUAGCGAGGACUCUAGCAGCGACAAAGGCGGUACAGCCAAGGCCAAGAUCGAUACCCCCUCACUUCUAACCCAGCAACUACAACAAUCACCGACACAAUCACAUGCAUCAGGAACACCACUGCUUACGAGCGAGCCCUUCGAACAUCCCUCUCCAGCUGCGAUUGAAGCUGGUGCAACUACGAUCAAGAAAAAGUCCAUUGCCGACUUCCUCAUCUUGGAAGAGAUGGGCCAAGGUGCAUAUGGACAAGUCAAGCUUGCGAGAUACAAGAAAGCAAAUGCGCAAAAAAUGUGCAUCAAAUACGUAACGAAACGACGCAUCCUGGUCGACACAUGGACCAGAGACAGACGCCUCGGCACAGUACCAUUGGAAAUCCACGUUUUGGACUAUUUACGACGAGACGAUUUACAACAUCCGAAUAUCGUAGAAAUGGCCGACUUCUUCGAAGACGACAUCAACUACUACAUUGAAAUGAUUCCCCACGGCCUACCCGGCAUGGACUUGUUCGACUACAUAGAACUUCGCGUAAACAUGGAGGAGAAAGAAUGUCGCAAGAUUUUCGUCCAAGUCGCAAACGCACUGCACCAUCUCCACAUCAAAGCCAAAGUCGUCCACCGCGACAUCAAGGACGAAAAUGUCAUUCUCGAUGGCGACGGCGCGGUCAAACUGGUCGACUUUGGCAGUGCCGCAUACAUCAAAUCCGGACCCUUUGACGUGUUCGUCGGCACAAUAGACUAUGCAGCUCCCGAAGUGCUUCGAGGUAGCCCGUAUCGAGGAAAAGAGCAAGAUGUGUGGGCAUUGGGCAUUUUGCUCUACACGAUUGUGUACAAGGAAAAUCCAUUCUACAGUAUCGACGAGAUUAUGGAUCACGAUUUACGGGUUCCGUAUGUCAUGAGUGAGGAUUGCAUUGAUUUGAUUCGGAAAAUGUUGGAUCGGGAUGUUGAGAGGAGGAUUGGGAUUCAAGCCGUUCUCGAUCAUCCUUGGUGUACGUAUGUGGACCCUGAGGAUGAGUGAUGAUCGUGGUUUGUUUCCUCUAUCCUUAUGCCUGUCUUUGGUUGUUGUUUUUGUGUUUUUUCUCGUUUACUUUCGCUUUCUGUUUGAUUGUUAUCUACUACGAUUCCCUUUUUUCUUUCUUUUCUGGUUGGAUUGCAUUUUAAUAUUCUUUCUACGCUUUUUUCUGCAAAUACGAAAACACCCGAAUACCAUACAAUGAGAGAGAUGAUGGCAGAGCGACAGAGAGGAGAACACCAAGCAGAAGGGGAAGUGAUGGAAAGGAAUGUGAUACAGUGGAGGAAAGAAUGGUAUCACUACUAAGAUAAGAGCA